AUGGAUAAUCACCAAAAGAGGAAUCUAACUUUUCUUACCAUCGGACUGAUAUUCAUGCUGAGCGGCAUUGAGUAUGCCGUCAUUCUGCCUACAAUAUGGAGGUAUCUGCAGAUUUUGGAGGCCCCUCCUUACUUCCUGGGUCUGGGUCUGUCCGCUUUCAGUCUGAGCGGGCUGCUCACGGGCCCGCUUUUCGGGUUUUGGUCGGAUCGGUGCAAAACUACAAAGUCCAUCAUCCUUUUUUCCAAUCUUUUUGAGAUUGCUGGUAACUUCAUGUAUUUUAUUGGAUAUUCAAAGUGGCUGUUGUUAAGCAGUCGGCUUGUAGCAGGUGUCGGUGCAGGAGCGGGCUCCUCCAUCUUUGGUUUCCUGACUCGGAGCACGCGGCCGGAGGAGCGUGCCGGUAUCUUUGCUGCCAUUAUGGCCUGUCGACAAGCUGGCCUCCUUGUCGGGCCGGCGUUCAACCUGUUCCUGCGGCUGUGUGAUUUCAAACUGGGGCCCUUUGUUGUGAACAAGUAUACAUCUCCUGGGAUCUUCAUGUGCCUGUUGUGGGUGCUGCUCCAGUGUGUUGUCCUGGCUAUGUACUGGGACGUGCCACCCAUCAGCUCAGAGGGUGGAGCCGUGAUGGUGGAGAUGAAACGGGGGGAGGAUGAUGAUGAGGAGGUGCCUCUAAUGGGGUCCGACGAGGAGCCGGUGCACACCUACAGAGCUGUCAACUCCAACCAACUGGAGACCUCCACCUCGUCUGAGAUGCAGCCUGUCCACGACGCCUCGGCAGUCUCGAACCCCUUCAAAAACUUCAGUGCUAGCAGAGAGUUCCUGAGAGAGGAGGUGGUUGUGCUCCUCACGGCUCAGUUCAUCACUCUCUUCAAUCAGACAGCGCUGGAGACCAUGGUGACUCCUCUGACGCAGCGCUACUUCAGCUUCAGUGAGCUGGGCAACAGCCUGAUGUACAGCCUGUGCGGGGUGGAGGUCAUCCUGGGCUUCUUCUUUGUGCGCUGGCUGAGCGGGAAGGUGGCGGACCGCGCCGUGCUGGCCGUGGGCCUGGUCAUCUGCUGCUCCGCCUGUAUCUGGUGCCUCAUCUUCCUCUGCAACCCUCGAGGUGGUUAUGGAUGGGAGCUGACGGCUUUCAUCAUCGGAGUGUUUCUUCAGCUGCUGGGGCUUCCCUUUGUGGCAGUGUCUCAGGUGUCUCUGUUCUCCAAAGUCACUGCAGAGAAAACACAAGGUUUCAGCCAAGGUGUCAGACGCUCAGUUGGGGGCCUGGCCACCAUCUUGGGUCCUUUGUGGGCUGGAGGACUUACAAAUAAUUUGUACAUCAUGCUGGGCAUGAUGCUAGCUCUCCUCGUAAUGAUCACAGUUAUGACGGCGCUGUCCUACGAACGCCUGACUGAGCCCAAGGCAGUGCAGUGCGCCCAGAGCUCUGACAGCGGAGGAUAGAGCUGCAGUCUGUCUGAAGAGCAGAGCAGGCCAAAGACGGACAGAGGGAAUGCCCUUCACUUCUGAGAGAAUCAAUACAAGUUUGCUGCACAGGACAACGUAUGAGUGUGGAAUAAAAAUGUUCAGAUAACAUGUACCUCAUAACCUGCCACCGAGGUGAUCAACACUUCACAGGUAAAACACUAUAUUUUAAUGCAAUGCACAGUCUCUGCUAUCGGUAGAUUUUAUUAGAAUCCACCUUGUAUGCAUAUCAGACUAUUAAUUAUAUUUUACACAAGGGGGCACCAUUGCUCUCAUUUUGAAUAUUCAGAGGUGUAAUUGAAGAUGAAAGCCAUUAUUUUUAAACUGAACUAUUUAUAUUCCCAGGUGUUGAUGAAAAGAUAAGAGAGCAGGGUUUUACAAUGUGACCCAUGUACCAAAAUUUUCAUUUCUUGUCUUUCUUCCUCUAAAAAAAA